AUGUCCACUACACCGCGCUUGAACCCUCCUUUUCGCGCAGACCACGUCGGGUCGCUGAAACGCCCUAUAGUACUUCUGCAGAAGCGCAAGGAUUUGGAUGAAGGACGGUGCACACAGGAGGAGUUGAAGGUCGUUGAGGACGAAGCCAUCACGAAAAUCGUCCAGAUGCAGAGGGAUGUAGGCAUCAAGGCUAUUACGGAUGGCGAGUUCAGAAGGCACAUGUUUUAUGAUGGUGUCUUCGACAAUCUGGAAGGCACGAAUUACAUCCCAGUUGUUCCAUUGGACUGGUUCAUGGACUAUGUCCCCGACAUCGACGCCUUCAAACAGCACAACUUUAAGGGCGCAGCAUCUUACCUAUGCGAGUCAAAGCUUAAGCGCACGAAGCCAUUCUACGUUGGACAAUUUGAGGCCCUCAAAGCUCUUACUGAACCCGAGGAACACAAGAACCUGAAAAUUACCAUGUGUGCUCCAGAGUGGUUUCAUCUCCGGCACGGGCCUUACGCAUAUCCCAAAUCCGUGUACAAGAAUGAUGAUGAGUACUUCGCCGAUAUUGCCCAAGCGUACAGGGAGGAGAUAAGGGACCUUUAUGCGGUAGGAUGCAGGAAUAUCCAAUUUGAUGACCCCCUUUUAGCCUACUUCUGUGAUGUCAAAAUGCUCAAGGGGAUGGAGGAGCGCGGUAUUGAUCAUGUAGCGAUGCUUGAUCUAUACUGCAAAGUGUAUAAUGCAUGCCUCGAGGGCCGCCCGGCUGAUAUGACAGUUGGCAUUCACUUAUGCCGCGGUAACUUUAAGGAUGGGCGUCAUUUCAGUGAGGGUGGGUAUGACCGAAUUGCUAUCAAACUAUUCCAGGAGAUUUCAGCCGACACUUACUAUCUUGAAUAUGAGACUGAGCGAGCAGGGACAUUCGAGCCCCUGCGUUGGCUCCCUACAAAUAAAUCCGUUGUUUUGGGUCUUGUCUCUAGCAAAUUCCCUAAAAUGGAGGUUAAAGAGGAAUUGAUUGCUCGGGUAUACCAGGCUGCGGAAAUUAUUGCUAACGGAGAAGAAAAGCGCUCUAAGGAGCAGGCACUGAAUCAAAUCUGCAUAAGUCCGCAGUGUGGCUUUGCAUCUCAUGCGGAUGGCAACCCUGUUACUGAGGAUGAUGUCGUGCGCAAGCUUUCUCUUGUUACCGAGACAGCGAGGGCGAUCUGGGGAGACAACUAA